GGGAAAGUGAAUGGCAUUUCGGAGAAUCUUUGAAAAGGCGACCCCUUUUUGGUACCAGGAAUCCAACCUCUAUAAAAUCUAAAAAGCAUAUAUUCAACAGUAUCGUUCUCUCUCCUCCAAGCGAACUGAAAGAAUCUCUCAUCACAUUCAGUUGUUUAUGAUUCAUACGUAAUAAUAAGAUGAAUUGCCUUACAAAUCUUUCAAGAUCCUAUUCAGCUUUGCCUUUACGUAGCUUCAAAUGUAAAGCUUCAAUUUAUCCGAGCUUUGUCAAUAUGAAGGGAUUGGUGAACGCUAUUGAUCUUCGAGGAAGUUGUUUAGUAAAGGCAACUUCUAGUCCUACACCUAGUACCAACAUACAUGGUGCCAAAGAAGAGGAGAAAUCUGAUGUUUACAGUACAAACAUGACAGAAGCAAUGGGUGCUGUUUUGACUUACAGGCAUGAGCUUGGAAUGAAUUACAGCUUCAUUCGUCCAGACUUAAUUGUCGGAUCAUGUCUACAGACUCCUGCAGAUGUUGACAAGCUUCGGAGUAUUAAAGUCAAAACUGUAUACUGCUUGCAGCAAGACUCAGAUCUCGAAUAUUUUAGUGUGGACAUCAAUGCCAUUCGUGAAUAUGCCAGCACAUUCGAUGACAUUCAACACCUACGUGCUGAAAUAAGAGAUUUUGAUGCCACUGAUUUGAGGUUGCGUCUUCCUGCUGUGGUGAGCAAAUUGUACAAAGCUGUUAAUCAAAAUGGUGGAGUAACUUACAUACAUUGCACAGCUGGACUUGGAAGAGCUCCUGCAACUGCUUUGGCAUACAUGUUCUGGGUUCAAGGGUAUAAGCUCAAUGAAGCACUCAGUCUACUCCUGAGUAAACGUAAAUGUUUCCCAAAUGUGGAUGCUAUAAAAAGUGCAACUGCUGACAUUCUUACAGGCCUAAAAACAAGAUCAGUCACGCUGACAUGGAAUGGUGAUAAUUGUUCUUCAGUAGAAAUAGCUGGACUUGAUGUUGGAUGGGGUCAGAGAAUUCCAUUAAAAUAUGAGGAGAAAAACGGUUCAUGGAUCCUUCAUAGGGAUUUGCUUGAGGGUCGUUAUGAGUACAAGUACAUAGUUGACGGUGAAUGGAUGACCAAUAAAUACGAAUCGCUUGCUCCUGUUAACAAGGAUGGCCAUGUCAACAACUAUAUCCAGGUAGUGGGUAAUGAUCCAGAGAGUGUAGAUUUAUGGACAAGAUUGGGGGAUGAUGAUUUUGAUCUAACGGACAGUGAGAGAGAGACGAUAAAAAGGGUUUUGGAUGAGUAUCCGGAUGACGAGUAAUCAACCGUAUAUCCACAUCUAGCAUUGUGAAUCACUUCAUGGUUUGUCUACUUGUUUUUUGUAUAAUCACAUGUAUAUAUAAGAUUGUGAUAUCAUAUGUUUGCUUUGUUGCAUUGGUGGUCCCUAAAGAAUAGUUUCAUUACAUUUUUGGUCCUUGAGUUGGACAGCGUUAAAAAGAGUCCGUAAGGCCACAUAUGCAUUGCACAUGGGAGAGUACUAUUUUUUUGCCUUCCUCUCUCCUUUGUCCGUCUAACAGCUACUUCCUUUUGUGAACCAGUUGAGAUUAUUCACCCUAGUACCAUAUUCAAUGUCGUUCUAGUCAAAUGAUCGUGCAACUCAAAAUAACUACAUAUCUUUAUCCAUUCAUCUUUCCUGCAUCUAGGGGUUUACAUAUAAAAACUGAUCUAGUUCAAACCGACCAACAUACAUUGGAUAUCCGAUUAUAAUUAGAUUGGAUUUUUUUGAACGGCAGUUUAGUGCACCGGACAGUGACAUCUGAUAGGACAGGACAGUAUGCCAUAACACCCAACGAACCCAGGGUCGAUCCCUCUCCGAAGAGAUACCAACAACAUCCUUAGCAACUCAGUUUCCAUUAAGGCUUCACUCCUUUGGACACAGAACUUGACACCAUUCCCCCAAAAACCACUAGGAGGGGAAAACUAGAAUGUGCCUCCGUCAAGACCUCAUUGGCGUGAUUGGAUUGAAUUGGUUUGAAAAUUUCAACAUCCAAAUUGAUUUUGGAUUGGCCUGUUCUUGGAUGACCAUCUAGAUCCAAUCCCAACCCGAAUCAACUCAAUCCAAUUGUUAUCCGAUAUCCAGUUAUCAUUAAAUUUGAUAUAUCCAAUUAUCAUCCAACUAUUAUCCAAUUAUUAAUACAUAUAUAUCUAAUUAUCAUCCAACUAUUAUGUAACUAUUAUCCACUUAUAAUCUAAUUAUCCUGUAAGUGUAUAUCCAACUUCAUAUUGUUAUUGUAUUUUGGUUGGAACUUGGAAC